AUGACAUCUCUGGAUGAAAUUCUCAUUCACAUGCCACGGUUAAACAAAUUUACUUUUAGCAUAGUCAGUCAAACUGUUAACAAAUAUAUUAAAAUUGAUUUGCCAUCAAACGACAAUAUUCAAUCAAGUUUUCUCGAUAGAGGAUAUAAUCACGUUGGUUCGUAUGCUGAUUUUAAUUCAACGACAAAUGUUGCUCGAUGUCAUGUCUAUUCUCUUCCAUAUCGAUUCGAAAUUUUUAUUAAUUUAAAUAACUUUUUUACAGGUGGCAUGUUUAAUAAAGUUCGAUGCGUAUUUAUGAAUGAUACGAGUUCAUUCGAACAUGAAUUAUUCGCACUUGUGUCUCAAGCUUUUCCUUAUCUUGAAAAGUUAUAUGUAUGCAAUCUUCAAGCACAAAAAAAUAAGCAACAUUCAUCUACAUUGAUUGUAUUUUCUCAUCUUGUCAAACUCAUUCUUAGUCCAGCACAUGUAAAUUAUGCUGAACAAUUUCUCUUCGAAGAAAACACUCGUUUGCCUCGUUUAAUCGAACUCACUAUUGAAUAUGAAACACUUGCAAUCGUAACAAAUAAUUUCACCAAUGAUGCAGCACGUCUUAACUGUGCUAACUUGCAAAAUAUUCAUAUAGUAGGGUCAUUUGCUCGUCCAGAAAGUUUUCAUCAUUAUUUUCCUUUACUGUAA